AUGACUUCUUAUCUCUCCCUAUUGGAGCCUUCUAGACUUUGUGCCAUCUGCGACAUGGCCUUGAAGAGCCACAUACUAUGCGCUAGUCAGCCUCACCAUAAGAGUGGCCUUGACCUGGAAAAAGCUUCCGACCUCGGCUGUUACAUUUGUGGCACAAUCCGACACAGCAAUACCUGGUUGCGAAGAUCCGAAGAGUGCCGCUCAAGCUCUUUCGAGUAUGUUUUGAAUCUGCAUAAUGCAGGCUCCGUGGAUACUCUAGAAGGGCUGAUUAUUGGGAAGGCUGCAACUGGCUGUUGCUGGGCAUUUCAGCUUUGGAAAGACCCUGAUCCUACUUCUUUUGCUAUUUCCUACAAGCCUUGUGCCUCGCCCCAAGAUUCAGACUUCAUCCGACUUGCCAAGAACUGGCUUGACUCUUGUUGCGAAACUCAUGUUAAGUGCCGAAGAAGCAGCCCAGAUUACAGGCCAACAAGACUAAUUGAGAUCAUCGACGAAUCACUCGUUCGUCUCAUUUCUCCGAAAAAUGUCUUUGUUGAGUCCAUUGAUUACAUCGCAUUCUCCCAUUGUUGGGGCAAGGUUGAGGCGAUCAAGCUUCUUCAAAAGAACGUUGAUCAAUUCCAGCUUGGCAUAAGCAUCCAUGACAUGCCCAAUACCUAUCAGGAAGCGAUCCAGUUGUCUCUCAGAAUGGGCUUCAAAUACAUAUGGAUCGACUCACUGUGUAUCAUUCAGGAUUCAUUGUUGGACUGGAUGCAAGAGGCGAAGGACAUGAAGCGGGUCUACGAGCAUGCAAUAUUCAACCUGCCUCAACGUGUAAAGGCUCACGGGCAAGUCUUUCAGUUAGUGUGUGAUGGCCUCUUGCAGGACGAUAUCACCUAUUGCACUUUGCGCACCCGGGCAUGGGUCUAUCAAGAAUGGUACCUUUCCAAGCGCUCACUUGUCAUGGGCUCGCAUCAGCUUUGGUGGCAUUGCAGAGAAAAGCUGGCAUGCGAGAUGUGGCCGAUAGGAACACCACAAGCCAACAGGGGAAGAUGGUGGAGUCAAACUCAGCCCCUCAAGGAGGCAGCACCAUCUGGAGAUUCAGACGAUAUGGAUGCUUGGAGCCAGCGUGUCUUAGCAUAUAUGAGAACCAAUCUGACGAGAGAAACUGACCGUCUGGUUGCAUUCUCGGGCGUUGUUCAAUCUUUCGGGCAGACACGCCAGCUGACUGGAGGCUAUCUUGCUGGCCUCUGGCGAUGUCAUCUACCAGCAGCACUCUUGUGGAAGGUCAGCUCAUCAGCACGGAGAUCAGCGACCUAUACGGCAGCGUCUUGGAGCUGGGCGUCUCUUGCUGGAAAGUGUCUGGUCAGUACAGACAAGGACUUGCUUCAUGAACCUUGCUUUGUAGCUGUGAAGCAGAUAAUGCCUCUUGGUGUGCCAGGGCCAGACGGAUUCCUGAUGGGCGGAACAGUCACGCUCAGCGGCUAUUUGUUUGAAGUUGUCUAUCGAUCUGUGGGGCUGUUCCUGGGCACAGGAGAUUUUAUGGCUCCUGGAGACCCAACGACAGGUGGUGAACUCUACCUUGACGAGAGGUCAGACGAUGAUCAAUUCAUCUCACAUUUAGAAACACCAGAUCUCAAAAAUUUCAGUCACUGGCUGGAACAUAAGGCCGUGCGACUAGCAAUGCCACUCAAGGAUGCAAAGGGUCGUUUCUAUUUUUUACUUUGUCUUGAUAGAGGAGACAAAUAUCGGUUUCGCUUUCGAGGACUGACUUUGUACCAGCCUACUGAUCAGUUAGGUUCUUUCUAUCGUAUCGGAUACAUGAAUUGGGGGAAGCUUCCAGGAGUCGUCGAUACUGAUGAACUCAUGGCAAAUUGUGCCAAGAGCACGGUGAGGAUCUUGUAA